UGGUCCACAUGGAGAAGCAUUGUUAUAGUCGUGAAUUAGCUCGUCAGUAGUUAAGUUAUUUCUGGCUCAUCUUAUAUUACUAAACACUGAAAUAACUAGAAAAUCUUCUAUUUAAAAAUUCAAGUUCUUCUAAACAUCAUUCCUAUCAGCCUCUCUCAUUGGAAAAAAAUCUUCGUCUAAUAAUCACCAAUAAUUCUUGAAUACAAACUUAUUUGCAUUCUUAAUGAUAAACAAAUGAAAUGAAAUUGUGUUCUGUUUAUGUGUUUUGUUGAUGACUGUUUGAGUUACAAGAUAAGAAAAAGGAAGCCAUUAAGAUGGAUCCAGAAAAAGAAGUAGUGCAAAAAAAUAAAGAAGAACCUGAUCGAGGCACGUGGGCAAGUAAAGCAGAAUUCUUAUUGUCAUGUGCUGGAUAUGCUAUUGGACUGGGAAACGUGUGGAGGUUUCCCUAUUUAUGUUACAGAAAUGGAGGAGGUGCAUUUCUCGUACCCUACUUAUUGAUGCUUUUUACAUGCGGCAUACCUCUGUUCUUUAUGGAAUCGUCCUUAGGACAAUUUAGUGGAACAGGAUGUAUUACUGUAUUUCGAAUCAGCCCUUUGUUCAAAGGUGCUGGAUUUGCUGUUGUUAUUGUAAAUAUAAUAUGCACUAUGUACUACAACGUCAUUAUUUCAUAUCCAAUAAUGUUUUUAAUAAUGUCUCUAAGGAGUAAACUGCCAUGGGAGGAUUGUGAUAAUCCUUGGAAUACACCUAAUUGCGUUCGAAUCAAUCAAAUUAAUAAUAUAAGAAAUACCUCUGACAUCACUGGAUUCAUGAAUAAAGUCAGUACUCCUGCAGAGGAGUUCUUCAGUCGUAAUAUUCUUCAAAUAUCAUCUGGAAUCCAUGAAAUUGGUGGGAUAGUGUGGCCACUAUUUACCUGCAACCUUGUUUCUUGGAUAAUUAUAUUUCUAUGCAUUUGUAAUGGAGUAAAAAGUGUUGGAAAGGUUGUUUACUUUACUGCAACAUUCCCAUUUCUCAUUCUGUUUAUUUUACUAAUUCGAGGUGUUACCCUUCCUGGAGCCAUGGAUGGAAUUUGGUUCUAUAUCACCCCUAAGUGGUCUGAAUUAACAAACUUACGAGUUUGGGCGGAUGCAGCAAUACAAAUAUUUUUCUCCCUUGGCCCUGGAUGGGGUGGAAUAGUGAACAUGGCGAGUUACAAUACUUUUAGAAAUGACAAUCGACUUGAUUCUAUCUUCAUUCCCAUUCUAAAUUGUGGGACAAGUAUAUUUGCUGGUUUUGUAGUAUUUUCUGUUCUUGGAUUCAUGGCCCAUAGAACAGGAUUACCUGUAGCAGCUGUAGCUGUGGGCGGACCUUCAUUAGCUUUCGAAACUUACCCGGAAGCAUUAACAAUGCUUCCAGUUCCUCAAUUAUGGUCCAUCUUAUUUUUUUCAAUGCUUUAUUUUCUUGGAAUGGACAGUUGUUUUGUUCAAAUUGAGGCCAUCAUAUCAAGUGUGACUGAUGCAUACCCAAAAUUGAUGAAUCAUAAACGAUUGGUUACUGUGGCCUCUUUAGUUAUACUAUUCUUGGGCUCGAAUAUAUUUGUCACCAAUGGUGGAAUGUAUAUACUUCAAAUGUUUGACUGGUAUGCAGCAUCAGUGUCAGUUAUAUCAAUCUGUCUUGUAGAAGUGGUCAUUGUUGGAUGGAUUUAUGGUUGUGACAAUUUCAUUCGUGACAUCGAAUUUAUGCUUGGCAAAAAAGUUCAUUCUUGGUGGCCCUUUGCUUGGAAAUAUGUCACCCCUACUAUUCUCACUUUUAUCUUCGCUACAACUAUCAUUUUCAAUACUCGUAUCACGUACAAUGGGAAACCAUAUCCAGAAUGGGCUGUUUUUCUUGGCUGGUGUUCAUGUAUGACCAGUAUGCUGUGUAUUCCUGGUUAUGCAAUUUAUCAUUUCUUUACUACAAAGGGAACCUUUAGAGAAAAGUUCGAGGUCGGUCUCAAUCCAACCUCCAAGUGGGGACCAAGUAGACCAGAGGAUCGAGAUGCAUGGAAGAGAUUCAUCAAUAAAGCUGAUACAGAUUCCAAUGUGACUGCUGUAAAUAUUGUUAAAGUGACAAGUCUUUGAUACUCAUUUUUAAAACGCAUUCUUCAUUAAUAAAAUUGUUGAUAAAUAAUUGAAAGAAUUAAAUAAUUAGUCGAUAAGUAAAUGAAAUAAAAAAAGGAUCACCAGUUUAUUUCCCAUCUUUUGUUUUAAUUAUAAAUGCCAUAUUCACAGCUGUGUCCAAAACCUACACUAGGCUUAAAAUUGUUUGGCAAUGUUAUAAAAAAAAAUAAAAAGUUUUGAAAUUAUUUUAUAAAAAGCAAUCUAAAAAUU